AUGUCUGAUUAUAAAUUUGUGGUGAAUCAGGUGAAAUUUGACUACCCAUCAGAGUAUAUAACUUGGGUUAGUGGUCGCCUGAAUUACUACGGCAACAAUCUACGUUCAAUCACAUUCGGAACAAAUCGGAGAGAAUAUGGCCCGUUUGGUAAAUUUGAAAACUACGACACGAUUUUUGAUCUCCGGCUAGGCGACGACCGCCAAUUUGGUGGAUUUCAUGGCACUGCUGAUGAAAAAAGUGUACGGUCCAUUGGUGUUUAUUGUAAUCCAAUCAAGACUUUAGGUAAUUUGGUCAACGAAAAUAUUGCGAAGCUGGAAGAUGAUGUUGUGUUGGUUUAA